UCGUGCAGUGGUAGCAGUGAGAACGGUAGUAUUAACGUAUCACUGAAGUUUAGUCAGUUGACGUCCGACAGUUGUAUAGGUUCAUUAAACUUAACCAGUGACAAUAAUUUGUCGUUCUAGUCAACUUGCGCGUAAGUAAUUGUGCGUGCAUUUUAAGACAAUGCAGUACCUUUAAAUUAUGUACAAUUUUUUUUUAAUUCUUUUAAUGUUUGAUUAAUUUUCGGUUAGUAGUAAUAAAAACAAAAUAACUUAAAUUCAUCCGAAAAAAAUUAUCAUGAUCUUAUCAUUUCGGAAUAAUAUGAUGUUUUCUACUGCUAUUGCCUACGUAUUGAUUUUGGUGCCCACAAGUAACGGUCAAAUAGAUUGCUAUGAGUGUACAGUACAUCCUCCAGAAACAUACACGAAUAAGUUAUCAAAAUUAUGUACAAAGUUUAAUACUUCCGAUUAUUUUAAAGUUCACUGUCCCAACUCGACUUAUUGCAAGAAGAAAUCAUUUCAACUAGAAGUGCAACCAGGAAGUAAUUACAAAAUAAUCAAAGGAGCAGUCAGGGGAUGUGGAAGUGUACCACAAAAAUAUGAUUAUCAUGUAAUCAGAAAUGGUAGUUGGAGGCUUGAACCGAUCAUGGAAGUCAGUGAGCCCAAAAAUGGAUGUUAUUCCGGAAAUGACAACGAACUGAGAACGUCAGACACUACGUUUUGCUAUUGCGACGAAAAUCUUUGUAAUAAUGCUAAACAUACAACGAACUUUUCAAGUCAUACAGACACAAUCGCAGUGAUAAUAAUUUACAACAUCAUGCGAUUUUUGAAAACUCACACGCAACCAGCAUAGUGAAAGUCCAAGAAAGCGUCUGUUCCAUAUAAUGUUCCGUCGUAAAAGAAAAAUAUCGCAUCUAUUUAUUUAAGCGUAGACUAAUGUAUGAAAACAGAACCAAUAGAAAAAUGUUAAAAACAAUAUCAAUACAUAUAUGAUAAUUAGUUUCAAUACUCUUUUUUACCUGGCUCACGUCCAAAAACAUGUACAUUAUUAUUUAAUAGGUUAGGUUAGGUUAGGUCUAACCUACUUACUUACCUACCUAAUAGUUAUAAUUUAUUAAUUAUUUUUUACGUUAAAAUUUUUGUACUUAAGUUAUUAUGAAAUUUUAAAAUGUAAAUAUAUGUUUUCUUUCAAAUUGUACAUGUACUCAGAUAAGCAGUUAUGUUAUCUUUGAUGUUUACUGAUUAAAAAAAAAAAAUUCUACUUAAUACAAUUGUAAGGGAAUUUAUGAUUUUUUAAAAAAAGAGUAAUUUAAUUAGUUUUAAAUAAAACAUGGCUGUGUUUAUUUUAAGUAUUACGAGCACAUAAAAUAUUCUCUUUGUACCUCACUACCACUACCUCUACAGAGUGAAUAUCUAUGUAUACUUUAUAUAAUAAAAUAAUAUGUAACUAAACUA